CUGCGUGCUCGACGUUUCUUCCGUACUGCGUCCGGGUCGAGCACCUACCUCGUCGAGUCGUCAUCGAGGACUCGACGCAGGCGCUCGAUGGAGAAGCACCCCCUGUUACCCGCUAACUCCAACACCUCUAUCCCCUCUGACUUGGCCAAGGGGUGAACAUCCGAGAGUCGAACGCUGCACCGUAUUCUACGGUGACAACGAUAGAACACCGGAUGACUGUCCUCGAGGGAACAUCUAUUUCCCGUAUACCUAGCUUCGUCUUUAUCUUUUUUAUGUUUUAGCUUAAAAAUUUGGCUAUCGUCGACGCGUUACCGCUGCCAGCGAACGACGAACACGAUCUACGUAAUUGAUUGAUCGCGCCGAAGGGGUAAGAUGGUUCAGUUUCGUGCAAUUUCGUGCAAUUUCGUGCAAUUAGGUGCAAUUAGGUGCAGCGAUCGAAGCGCGUGGAAUUCUGGGAGCAAUCGAAGGGGAUUCGAAGCUUGCCGAUUAAACGGUUCGACGCCGAGAGGGUAGGCGUGUAUGGAAUGCUCCGCGCUCGACUGCCACGGAGUUGUAUCUGAACGAAUUUCUAUGACGGUACAACGUUGCUUAGGUUGCACAUGCGCCAGCGUCGGUCCCCAUGGAAACGGGAUGCUAGCCACCGCGUGUGAAUGCGUAUUGAUUACUCCGCUCUUGCUCCAUUCCGCGAUCUCUUGGUCCUUGUCGUAUCUUCUUCUGUCACCUUUCCGCGACCCUGCUUCUCCUCUUCUCUUUCUCUGCCAUGCUACCUCCUCCUCCUGCUCCUCCUCUUUUCUUUCUUUUAUCUUUCUCCUCUUUCGUGCAACGAAUUUUCUCGUUCCAUCGACGACCUUUCCCUCUUUUUUUGCUUUAAAUUAACUCCGUGAUGUCUGCAUGCUCUCCAAUCCCUUUGCAUAAAACACGGAUUUUUUCUCCUUGGACUUUUUUACUUUACAGCGAAUAAUAAAUCUAUCUUCUCAAAACGCGUUGCUCGCUCGAUUCGAUAUAAAGUUUAUCCGAAAAGUAAACUUACUUUCAUAGGAAUUGCACGCUUUCGAAAGCAGCUCGAGUCGUUUUCCUCGUUACGAUAGGUCACAGUUUCGGAAUCGCGAGUUUUCUUUUCCUUCAACCUUGCCAACGAUUCACGCACGAUAGACAGACAAAUUUUUUAAGUAUGUUGCAACGGGCUACGACAUGCGAUUACUAGAUUUGAUAGCCGGUGACAUCGUAAACAUCCAGGCGGAACAAAUUGUUCUAUUGUAUUUCGAGCUUCCAGCUAUAUCUAUGCUCGAAGGAUACAAUCUAUUGUAUGCCGUUUUUCAUAAAUCUAGUAAGAUUCUUUUAUAUGUAUACUAGUUCGAUCCAUGAAUCUAUCAAUAGCGAAAGCUAUAAAUUUCGACCAAGAUUUUCUUUCGAUGGAAACAAAUUGAUCCGACAGAAGGGCGUUUUACGGGAAAUCAGAAAAUAAAGGAAACGUACCUACAUGUUACACGCUCGUUGAACUUCCGACAAAAUACGGAAUUGGCCAAACGUUAAUUAGCGGAAGCAUUGACGGGAACGCGGAUACGAUCUGGCAAUCGUUCCGAUUUUCGAACGCUAGAACUGUCGUUUAACUCUCGUUCGUAAAAUAAUGUCAUUACAAAUUCUUCGAGAUGCGAAACUUUGCAUAGCACGUAGUUACGUUAAUUGUACUCUUAGCGUGACGGUACGAAUGUUGGCACACUGGUGACACUUUUCUUUUCACCGGCACGCUUCUACUCAUCCUUUGGUUACGCUUCGCGAUUUACAGGGACGCAACCAAACUCGUCAAUAUUUUCUGGCCAGACAUUUCUUUAAUGUUUCGUUUCAACGCAUUUUGCGAUGCACAGGCGCAAAGAUCGAGCAAUAAAUUUCUAUUAUAAUAAAUUGAUUCAAAAAGGUACUGUCGCGUCCGUUCUUCGGCAAGUAACUUCGAUCGAUGAAAUGAUAACGAGAAGAAAGUUCCCGGUCCUGAAGGGCAAAUACGCGACGAUAUUCCAUGCGCGACAACUAUAUAAAAAGGUGAAACUACGCCAUGGGAAGAGUCACUCUAGCUUCGUGUUUACUUCGAACCGUGUCUAAAAAGCUUGCUUUCGUUUCAUUUAUUUAUGACUAGUUACGUAUAACGUUACGAUGUCGUAUCGAUUUAUUUGCAUUCCGUUAAUAACUACUCUAGUAUGUUGCAUUUUCUCGGAAAAAGCUGCAACCACUGAACUCGUUAACAAACAAUUCAUCGAUGGCAAUCAAUUAGCGAGUAUAGUUCGAGCUAAAAAUUCCUCGAAGAUAUCGUACAUAAAGAGUAACGACAGUGUGACGAACGAGAAAAAUUUGGACAAACAACCGAGAACAGUGAACCAUCGACCGGAGUCGGAGUCCAGAGGUUCCAGCUGUUGCGGAUCCAAAUACGAUUCUAAUUUUUCUACACGGCCUGAUUCUUACUACAAUCAUAUUCCUACAAUUAUUGGCGGUCGAUAUUCGUCCAAAUACGGCGAACGUUUACCAACCGAUAGGUACGGAUGGCAGACGCAAGGACAACCUCCAGGUUGGGGCGGAAGUACAGGAAGACCCGGAAGUGAAAGCUACCUUGGAAACUCGUUAUACCAAGGGAGUCAAGCAGGAGACAGAUUUGCUUCCCGUCCAAAAUAUGGAAGCGAAAGUUCGCGUAAACCUGGAAGUUACGACUCUACGACUUCUGGAGGAUACGAUUACGGUGGAUACGGAGCAUACGGAGAAUAUGGUUUUAACCGACCCAAGGGCUACGGAGGGUCAACUAGUAGUGGUGGUUAUGGAAUUUCAGGCACUUUCGCUAAUGGCGAUGAAUUCGGAACUGCAGAGCCAAAUUACCCAGAAGGAAAUGCAUCCUUGCAACCAAAUAUUCAAGCACAGAAGGCUGUAGCCUUAAAAGCGUUAGCCGGUGUCGCUUUGAUCGGAGCAGCCGCGGCUUUGGCCGCAAAUCCUGUUCUUCUCCCGAUUGGUAUUGUGUCGGGAAGAAGGAAACGAUCGAGCCUUCCCAUCGCACGUGACGAUCUUUACAUCGAUUAUCUUCUAAAAGCCUUGAAAAUUAACGCUACCAAGGCUUACGAUAAUGAAGGCGGACAACAAAUUUCUCCAACUUGCAUCGCCAGAGUCGUUUGCGAAAUUCAGAAACGUUAUUGGUCCGACCUUGAGAAGAAGAACAACAUUUUUAAAAAAGGAAAAGAAUUGGAGAGUCAUUUUACAAAUUUGAAUUCAGACAACGUACUUGAAGCGGAGGCCAUCAAUGAGCGCAUUAAGAAGUUAAUAAAAGCGGCAACUGUUGUUGCUUCGAAUGGAUGGCAUUGUAGCAUGUUUACGUGUACCGUGAUAAAAACUACAGAAGCUAAAAAUAGAUUCACUUUUAAAGUUUGAAAAUGAGUAUACUGUGUACGGAAAAAGAAUAUAAUAAUAGAUGUCGCUAAUAAUUGUAAACAAAACAAAAUAAAAUAUAACAUAACUGAGCGAGCAAGCCGAAGGCGAGCGAAGCUCUUAUACUUGACUUUGCAACUUCUUUGUCCGCGUUUUUCUUUUGCACCACUAAACCAAUUCUCAUCAAAUUUUGCAC